AUGCUAACAAUAAACAUUAUUUUAUUAAUUUCACUAUUUUUUGGUAAUAUUUUUAAUACUCCGAUAGCAGAUAAAAAAGAAAUUGAAUCGAAUCUGGACUCUUGGAAUGAAUUUGAUCUUCAGAAUCCUGAAGAAUUAGGAAAUUAUUUUGAAGGAGACCUUAUUAAUCCAAAGUUUGGUAGAAAUGGUUUAGUUGAUACGGCUUCCAGGUGGAAUAAAGGGAUAAUACCAUAUGAGAUCAGUAGAAAUUUUCAAACACAGGAUAAAAAUGUAAUUCUUCAGGCUAUGAAUGUAUACAGUAAAUAUACUUGCAUAAGUUUUAGACCUAAGACUCCUGAUGACAAAGACUACAUAUCUAUUACGAAUUAUAAUAAUGGGUGUUGGUCUCAAGUUGGUAGACAAGGUAAAAAACAAGAAGUCAAUCUACAAAGUCCACAGUGCACUAAAAAAUUGGGAACAUCUUUACACGAAUUGAUGCAUGCUGCUGGAUUUCUUCAUGAACAGAAUAGAAACGAAAGAGACGACUUUGUUACUAUUAAAUGGGAUAAUAUCAAAGAUGAUAGAGAACGAAAUUUUGAUAAAGCAGAAGAAGGUUAUGAACAAGGUUUUGGAGUACCCUAUGAUUUUGUAUCUGUAAUGCAUUACUCAAGUUAUGCGUUCUCUUCUAAUGGUGAACGCACUAUCAUAACCAAAGACCCAAAAAACCUUGAUAAAAUUGGUCAACGACGAGGCUUCAGUAUAGGAGAUAUAAUGAAAAUUAAUGCAAUGUACGAUUGUCCUGAAAAAACACAGCAGCUUAAUCUUACCGGUGACAUCAUAGAAACACUAACUAACAACAAUGGCAAUCAAAAAGAACAAGAAAGAAAUACACUAUGGGAGGCUGUAAAUAAUUUUUUUUCAAUUUUUGACGAAUAAUAAAUUUUACUAAAGA